CCUGACUCAGGACAAAUGGCCUCCUGCUGCUGCUCUCAGACCUCCUUUGGGAUUCUGGGAAUUAGGGUAGUUUGUCCUGAUCAAGGGGAAAAACGUUCGGGUCACGUGAGAUGGUCAGGGAAGGAAGAAGAAGAAGAUGGUGGCAGGAAGAAAGAUCCAGGCAGACAGGACCUUGCCUUAAUUCUCUCUCUCUCUCCCAGAAUAGUCAGAAGCAACCGCCAGCGAGGGCAGAGGGCAGAGAGGGAACCACCCCUGGGGCAUCUCCGAGCGUGGACCCAAGUUAAUGACCGACCAAGAUCAACAAGCACGGAAGGGAGUCCGCAUGCGCCGGUCACUGGGAAACAGAUCCAUCUGGGACACAGGAGGAUGAAGGCUCUUCUGGUGUUAUGCUUGGGCCUUUUGGCUCUGGUGCAAGCAAACCGGUCCCCUGUCCAGCAAAAGGCGCUGGACAUUGUGCUGGAGUAUUUCCACGGCCGAAGCUUCGUGCAGUCGGUGUUCAAGGAACAAACGGUGACCGAAGUCGCCAAAGAGGAGUCCCCGACGGGGACCUUUGUCCACUUGGAGGUUGAACUUGCGCAAACCCACUGCAGGAAACAUCAUCGGAGGACGCAGAACUGCUCCGUCAAACCAGGAGGGGAGACAAAGAGGAGGCACGCGAGGACUGCGAAAAAGUCAAGAACGCCAAUGGAUUCUACCUGCCGGGCCAAUUUGCCUUUUCCAAGGCUUCCAUGAGGUCCCCAGAAUGUGGGGUGAGACCCACAUUCAAUGGACUCUUCCCUGAAUAACCAACAAAGGAAGCCUCCCUGGAGCCAAGCAGAAGACGAUCCGGUCUCAGCGCCUCAGGGAUCGCGGAGUCUCCUCCUGACUGCGCUUUCUUAAGCCUGGCUUUUGGAUUUUCUCUCUAUAUUUCUCUUCUUAUCCCCACAAUAAAAUGCUUAAGUGGGGUCAUCCUA